AUGGCAUUUCUUACGGUUCCAAAUGGUACAAAAUGGAAAGUCAAGAUGACAAAACGCGAUGGUGAGGUUUGGUUUCAAAAUGGUUGGUGCGAAUUUGCAACGUGUCAUGCUCUAACCCUGGGGCACUUGCUAGUUUUCAGAUAUGAAGGAAAUUCAUGCUUUUAUGUACUCAUAUUUGAUGCCACUGCAACAGAAAUAGACUAUCCUUUAGAUGACCAACACCAAGUUCGCAGGAUGGAAGACAUUGAGAGGGAUGAUAUUGAUAACUCUCUUGAAAUCAUGGAUGGUUUUAUGCCAAGCCGAAAAACAAGGGAGAAAUCACCAUUACCAUGCCCUCUACCGCAAAAAAGGGCAAAAACCAAUCCAAGAAGUUCUGCUUUGCAAGCAGGGGAUACACAUUUUAGACCUGAACUCACUAAAUCUAAAGGGUCAGUGUUAGAGAAAUCAAAAAUGAAUGCAGGAGUAUCUUUUACUAGGCAAGAAUUAAAAGCAGAAGAAUGCAAUGGAGCUACGAAGAGAUGCCCAAAAUCUGAGGUUAUUGAGAGGACAUUGUCUGCCAGUGAGAAAGAUAUUGCUCUUCAGAGAGUUAGAGAUUUUGAAUCUAAGAAUCCUUUUUUCAUGGCUGUCAUGCAGCCAUCAUAUGUUUACCAUGCGAAAUCAUUGAGUAUAUCAUCCAGCUUUGCAAAAAAAUACAUGAGGAAGAUGAGUGGUGAAUUUGUCAUCCUUCGGUCUUUUAAUGGAGGAACUUGGUCUGUUAUGUUUAGUUUUUACAAAGCACAAACAAAGGCUAAGUUUCGGCUGGGUUGGAUGAAAUUUGCACGAGACAAUAACUUGAAAGUAGGUGAUGUUUGUAUCUUUGAGCUAAUUAAUGGCGUUGAAGUUGCUUUUAAAGUUGCCAUUUUCCGGGCUGCUAAUGAUAUUGAUUGCCCCCUGUUGAAUGGAUCAGAUCAUGGGGUUGGAAGAAAUCGAGUAGGAUGCAAAAGCAGCCCGUUAGUUAAACCUGAAUCUGAUUGCAAUCUGGAUGAUGCGUCUUUAUCUUGUGACCAAUGUCCUGCGAAAGAUGGUGAUGUAGGCAUGUCUACCAAUCGGAGAAGGCUAAAAGCUAAGGCUCUUGUGAAGAACCAAGAAUAUAACGCUCUUGAGAAGAAGCAAGAAUUGAUGACUACUAAUGGAAAAGCUGAAAAUCUUGUGAGAGCCAAUGCUUUUAAAUCAGAUAAUCCCUUUUCCGUGGUUAUCAUGCAACCAUCAUACAUUCGUAAGGGUGGUAUGUGUUUACCCCAUGGCAUUUUCAACUACUUAUUGAGAAAAGGCUUUAUCACCAAAGGAAGUGUACUCACUGUGAAGCUCCAGGUUGUGGACCGAUUAUGGCCUGUGAAGUUAUGUGCUUAUGAAGGAAUGAACCGGAGUUCAUCGUGUAAGUUUUCUGCUGGUUGGCCUGCAUUUGCAACAGAAAAUACUUUGCGAGUAGGAGAUGUUUGCGUAUUUGAGCUGAUUAUAAAGGACGAUGUUGUGUUAAAAGUCCACAUUUUCAGAUGCCUUGAUUAAGUGGUUACUAAUGUUGCAUUGUAAAUAAUGCAUUAUGUUUCAUCUUGGGAGCUUAUUAUUUUGCUACUACUCUGUUCAAGACCUUUUUAUCCCUUUUUUUGUUUUUGGAUUGGUUAGAAUCAAGGUUGAUGUUUUGUUAUAUCUACAGCCCUGGCCUUUUAGGGACUUCUAUCAUUAGGGUUUGUAUAUUUUGUCCAACAAUCUUGACCCUUAUUGAAGGCACAGCAGAAAAAAGGGGGAGGAAAGAUUAA